AUGGACCACCGCCAACUAUGUCUCAUCUUUCAUGUCUUCUUCCUUGGCUUGAGCAUCGAAGCUCUACCGUAUCUUCAGAAGUAUCCAGCUAUACCUUCAAGAAGAGCAUGGGGGGAAAUACGAGGAGGAGAGGGAGAUGAUGAGUCUCAUUACACUGCCGUGGGGGUGCAGGUAGUGGCCACAGAUGAUGGGAUUGAGUUAAAGGAUGGGCCGCUGAUGUCAUUUCUGCAAUCCAACUAUUGCAUAUUGCAAGAUAAUGGACAAAGCCUUGCAAUAUCACCACCACCACAAGACCUCACUGCCUUCCCACACGGUAGUUUUUGGAAUGGUGAUGUUGCUGCUCUCAAGAGCCUUGCCACAUGCUGUGAUAUCAUGGUGAUUGUCCUGGUGCUGGAUACAUCGCGUCGACAACAAUCCGCCAAGAAAUGCUUGGAUACUGCAUUUGUUGAGGCACUAUCCGAUGGACUACAGCAGCGAGCGGAUAAUGGUAUGGUUUCCUCGGUCCUCGUACUGCUAGUGUCAUCCUCGUCAACCGAAAAUCAAAGGCUAGACCCAACUAUGGCAGAGAUAAAGAAUCAAUUGGUUCUGCGAGACUUGGUUUCAAUCACUCCCCAGAUGGUUUCCAAUUUGGACCUCUUGAGUCUGGACGACCCCGUGGAGUGUACCAAUGGAUUGGCAUCCACCUGGAAAGACAUCUUGCAGCAUCAUACCAUGGCAAACCCCAAAUGCACUACCAGCAACCUUAUAGAUGCUUUGAAGUUUCCAAUCUUGUUGCAAGCAACCUACCAAGCCAGUGGUGCUGUUGAUGAGACGAACAAAGAGACAUAUCAACCGACAGAUGAAGUUGUCGUGGGAAGCACUGUUGAGAUUGUAGAUGUAGCAACUGACCUAACAGAAGAAAAGGUUGAGGAAACAUCGCCAACCUAUAACAAUAUCGAAGACGAAGAAAAUAUGGUGGGAUCGCCAGAACCAGCAAUAGAAGAUCCUACUUCCGAUUCAAAGAGAGAUGUGCCGGUACCGGCAAAAGAGGGGCCAACAACGGACCAAGGCGAUGUUGAGCCUACCACAACCACAGCGGAUUACGAAGAAAUCCUAAUGGAUAUUCUCACUUCUGCGAAGAAACAGAUACAUGAGCUGGAAAUGCACCUGGAAGAGCAAUGGCUUGGUUUUUCUGAAGGUGAAGAAGUCUCCUCUUCUACAACCAACUCUCGACAAGUUUCCAUCCAAACAGACCAGAUUAUUGACACCUUCCAGACUGCAGUCAAGGAGCAGGUACCCUCAUCUGAGCAAGUAAUGCAAGCCAAGGCUCAACGUGGGCUUUGGUUGUACAUUCUUCCACCUCUACAGAAGCUGUACAAUCAACACCUGCAAUUUUUGCGAGAACAGUGUGGCAAAGAGUAUGAGGCAGCCUUGGAGCAAUCCAGUUUCGAGGAGGAAGAUCUAGAUGAGGAGGAUUACCAAGCAAAAUGGACACAAGCUGCAUCGAAAAUCACCAUGAAGUUUCGGGAAGCAGCACAAAUGGCCAUUCCCAGUCAAUGCCAACCUGGUGGGGCCUUGAGGGAUGCCGAUUUUGAUUAUGUCCCAGCAUUGGAGGGACUUCUUUCAGAUAUGAUGCAGGCAACUGAAACACAACAAGAGCUGCUUGGGAUACUACCCAAUGAUGACGAGGAUGACAAUGCCGUGGAAGGCGGUGGCAGGGGAGGGAAACGACCAGCAAAAUGGUACGAAAAGAUUGGCGCAAGAGUGUUGGUAUUCCUCGUCAAUUAUGCCCAAGGUUGGCUUGCUUAUCAGGGUAUCAAACGAGCAGCAGCGCAGCGUGAUGCACACUUGCCAAAGUUUCCAUUGUUCUAG